GGGACACAGAAGCUCUUGCAGGAACUGAGUAAGUUGGGGUACCGGGUAUCAGCUAAAAAGGCCCAGUUAUGCCAGAAGGAGGUCACCUAUUUGGGGUACCUGCUCAAAGAGGGAAAAAGAUGGCUGACCGCGGCCCGGAAAGCUACAGUUAUGAAGAUCCCCACUCCCACAACCCCCAGGCAGGUCCGCGAAUUUCUGGGUACUGCCGGAUUCUGCAGGCUCUGGAUUCCUGGGUUUGCUUCCCUGGCUGCACCCUUGUACCCCCUGACAAGGGAAAACAUUCCUUUUACCUGGACUGAGGAGCAUCAAAAGGCUUUUGACCACAUAAAAAAAGCCUUGCUGUCUGCCCCCGCCUUGGCUCUCCCAGACCUCACCAAACCGUUUACUCUAUACGUAGAUGAAAGAGCCGGUGUGGCCCGAGGAGUGCUUACUCAGACCCUAGGACCAUGGCGACGGCCAGUAGCUUAUCUAUCAAAAAAACUGGAUCCAGUGGCCAGUGGGUGGCCAACCUGCCUAAAAGCGGUUGCUGCAGUGGCACUCCUCCUCAAAGACGCUGAUAAGUUAACCUUGGGGCAAAAUGUGACUGUGAUUGCUUCCCACAGCCUCGAAAGUAUUGUGCGGCAGCCCCCCAAUCGGUGGAUGACCAAUGCCAGAAUGACUCAUUACCAGAGUUUGCUGCUAAACGAAAGGAUAUCUUUCGCGCCCCCUGCUGUCCUGAACCCAGCUACCCUACUACCAGUCGAGUCAGAAUCCACCCCAGUACACCAAUGCUCAGAAAUCCUUGCUGAAGAAGCUGGGACUCGACGGGACCUGAAGGACCAGCCAUUGCCCGGAGUGCCUGCCUGGUAUACAGACGGUAGCAGCUUCAUUGUGGAAGGUAAGCGGAGAGCAGGGGCCGCCAUCGUAGAUGGCAAACGGACGGUAUGGGCAAGCAGCCUGCCAGAAGGGACAUCAGCCCAGAAGGCCGAGCUAAUCGCCUUGACGCAGGCAUUACGCCUAGCCGAAGGAAAAAACAUCAACAUCUACACGGACAGCAGGUCGCCAUUAUCCACUGCCCGGGCCACCAGAGAGGAAAUAACCCUGUGGCGGCCGGGAACCGGAGGGCCGACGAGGCUGCAAAACAAGCCGCCCUGUCGGUCAGGGUGCUAGCAGAAACUAUAAAGCUUCAAGAGCCAAUCGAGCCUGCUCAAGCUAAGACCAGGCCAGGAGAGCUCACUCCUGACCAGGGAAAGGAAUUCAUUCAGCGGUUACACCAGCUAACACACUUAGGACCAGAAAAGCUCCUUCAACUGGCAAGCCGCACCAGCCUCUCCAUCCCGAACCUCCGGUCCACUGUUCAAGAAGUCGCCAAUCGGUGUCCGGCUUGCGCCAUGACUAAUGCGGCUACCACCUACCGAGAGACCGGAAAAAGACAACGGGGAGAUCGACCCGGCGUAUACUGGGAAGUAGACUUUACAGAGGCUUUAGAAGUUGUAAAAACCCAGAUCUGGGACCAGAUCAAGGAGGUAUACGAGCCAGGUGCCGUGGCCAUCCCUCAUCCGUUCCAGGUCGGAGACCAAGUGCUUGUUAGGCGCCAUCGGACCGGCAGCCUUGAGCCUCGGUGGAAAGGCCCGUACCUGGUGCUACUGACCACACCAACAGCGGUAAAAGUAGACGGCAUUGCAGCCUGGGUACAUGCUUCUCACCUCAAGCCUGCGCCACCCUCCGUACCAGAUGAAUCCUGGGAGCUGGAGAGGACUGAUAAUCCUCUUAAGUUGCGCAUUCGGCGGCGGCGGAGCAAGCCUACCAAGUAAUAACCCUAACCAGCCCAACACCCUCACCUGGCAGGUACUGUCCCAAACUGGAAAGGUUGUCUGGUUCAAGACAGAAGUCCACCCCCUUUGGACUUGGUGGCCCUCCCUUACCCCUGAUAUAUGUGCCCUGGCGGCGGGUCUCGAGGCUUGGGAUAUUCCAGAAAUUGAUGCACCGGCCUCUAAAAGAGUCAGGCCUCCUGACUCAAACUAUGAAAAUGCUUAUAACCAGAUCAAAUAACUCCCCUUGGUUGACCACCCUACUGUCAACCAUCGCCGGGCCCCUAUUACUCCUCCUUCUGUUGUUCACCCUUGGGCCCUACGUCAUCAAUAGACUAGUCCAAUUCAUCAAUGAUAGGGUAAGUGCAGUUAAGAUUCUGGUCCUUAGGCAAAAAUACCAAACCUUAAAUGGCGAAGAUAACUUUUAAUUCCGCUCUAAGAUUAGAGCGAUCCACAAGAGAAAUGGGGGAAUGAAGGAAGUGCUUUUUACAAGGGUAUAGGGAAAAUACAGCCAAAAAGUCAAGUUAAGAAACAAGGGGAACAGAGUCAAACAGGAUAUCUGUGGUUAUGCACCUGGGCCCCGGCCCGAGGCAAAGGGCGGAUAGUUCCCAGAAAUAGACAAGUCAGUUAAAGUUUCAAGAGUGCCCCUCAGCUGUUUCAAGGACUCCCACUUGACCGAAGUUCACCCCUGGCUUGAUUUAAACUAACCAAUUACCUUGCUUCUCGCUUCUGUACCCGCGCUUUUUGCUAUAAAAAGGACCCAGGAGCUCUACUCGGCGCGCCAGUCUUUCGAAAGACUGAGUCGCCCGGGUACCUGUGUGUUCAAUAAACCUCUUGUUUUUGCAUCCGAA